GAUUGGUUAGCCCCACGUUGCUGGUCCUACCCACAUUAUGGAAAUCGCGGUGUGGCCCUUCCCACGACGCGGUUGCCCUUAUCGAUUGACCCUUUAAACCUCCACGAACUGGGGGCACGGUGGUAGGAGCGACGAACUUUCUAAAGUCUACAUAUUUGUCACGCGUUCUGUUUCUUGUCUAUUGAACUUUCUUUCCAUACAAUUACAACAGCACCAACCUUCCUCUACCCUUUCCCUCGACACUCCUGGGGUAACACUUCGACAUUGUUUACCUCCGCAAAUUGUCAACAACUUCAAAUCCUUGCGCGAAUUGAAUAUCAUUCUCGGUGUGUUUAUACGUGUUUACCGCCGACUUAUUCAAUAUCUUGAAAUUGUAUGGUUCAAUUGAUUGCCAAAGGAUUUGCUUUGCUCUUCAUCACUAAACCCUAAACCUUUGAAAUUUUUGCUACCUUUUGCUAUCUCAACACUUGGGUAUCUGGUUCUUCAACGUGGUGUCAAUACUUCGGAUGAUCACGAAGUUAUCAUAAAGGUAUCACGGUCCAGGCGCUGGAGAAGGGGGGAUCCACUUGGUCAAGAUGGGUAUCCAAGGACUUCUUCCGCUGCUCAAGUCAAUCCAACGACCGACGGAGUUGAAGAAAUAUAGCGGGGAGACCUUCGGAGUUGAUGCCUAUGGUUGGCUACACAGGGGCGCUGUACCGUGCGCCAUUGAACUCGCACAAGGUAAGCCGACACGAAAAUAUGUCGACUUUGCUAUGAACCGUGUCAGAAUGUUGAAGCACUUUGGCAUAACGCCGUACUUGGUCUUCGAUGGCGGUUUCUUGCCUAGCAAAGCUUCAACGGAAGCCUCGCGUGAAAAGCGUCGCGAAGAGUGUAAAAAAGCGGGUUUGGAGUUAUUGAAGGCCGGUAAGCCUUCUCAAGCACACGCCGAGCUUCAGAAGGCGGUCGACAUAACUCCAGAGAUGGCAAGGCAUCUCAUCGAAGAGUUGAAGAAAGCUGGUGUCCCAUACGUCGUCGCGCCGUACGAAGCCGAUCCUCAAUUGGUAUACCUAGAACAGCAGGGCAUUACCAAUGGUAUCCUUUCGGAAGACUCUGACUUGUUGGUCUUCGGAGCCAAACGCCUGCUAACUAAGUUGGACCAAUAUGGAAACUGUAUUGAGGUGAACCGAAGGGAUUUCGGUGCAUGCCGAGAAGUUUCCUUAACGGGAUGGUCGGACGCACAAUUCCGCCAGAUGGCUAUCUUGAGUGGCUGUGAUUACCUCGAUAGUAUCAACAACAUGGGACUGAAGACAGCAUAUAGGAUGUUGCGAAAACAUAAGACGCCGGAAAAAGUAAUCCGCAUGUUACAAUUCGACGGCAAAUACCGCGUUCCAGCUGAUUACCAAAAGAUGUUCCACCAAGCCGAACAGACCUUUCUUUAUCAAUGGAUCUUCUGCCCUAAGGCGAACAAACUGAUCCAUCUCACUGCGCCCAGUCCAGAUCUCGAUAUGGCAGAACUUCCAUAUAUCGGACCCUUUAUCGAACCGGAGGUUGCUCGAGGUAUCGCCGUGGGAGACGUGAACCCAAUUACGAAAGAACCAAUCAUACUCCAAACUUUGCCGUCGCCGAGGAAACGUACUGCGUCCGGAACUCCCCGUAGUAUGCCUCAAACGCAAGCUACCCGAGAACCCCCCGAGAAGCCGAUCGACUCAUAUUUCAAGGGCCAUCGGCGAAUUCCUAUGGGUGAAAUGGAGCCCAAUUGCUUCUCGGUUGAUCCUAGAAGAGUUUCCUCGUUAACUGAAAACGGUAACCGACCGAUCGUCUACCCCCUUCCCCGACCGUACCUUGACCAAAAUGGCCCGAACUCAUCUACUAGCCGCACAUACAUCAAUAGGCCAGAAAGCUCGUCCAGGACCCUACGACGCCGAACCGAACCGGUAACUAAUAUUCUUAGCGACAACGGUCAUUCUUUGACCUCCAACUCGAGACGCCAAACAACUGGGCCGGGAAUGGAAGUCUCGGGUAACUCUAGAAGCACUGGAGUCAACCAACCUAUUCGACCGCCUAAGAAGGCGCGCUUGUGUGAUGACGCGAGCUCGGGGCUGAGUCUUAGCAAGGAGAAGAGCAAGUUCUUUACCGGUUCUAAGGGUACGACUGUUAAGAAAGAAGAAAAAUACCUAAUGUCAGAUGAUUCAGUCGAAGAUGCGUUGAACGAUCUCCCGGAUUUUGGUGGGUGGGCCCCAGCGCGAAGGGGCCACAAGGAAAUUGCUGUGUAUGAGGAGGCGCAACCGCCGGUUGAUGACGAGAGGCCUAAGGACGACGACUUAAAUGUCGAGGGUAUUAUGGACGACGCAACCGCCUCGACACAGAACGAGCCUCCGAGUACGCCCAACAUUAUCGAACGGUUCACGUACGCGCCGAGUGUUUCGUCCACUUCAGUAACUCGCGGACCUGGCCAGUCGCGUAGACAGAGCGCUUCAACAACCUUUUCUGGUAGAAGCUCACUUUCUGGGUCAACACCCGCUUCUUCCAUCGCGUCGUCGACUCCGUUUUCAUCAAACACACAGCCAUCGACGGCCAAGACGACACCGGCGACGCCCCGCAUGACGCCACUUCAGCGCCUCGGUAUCCAAGCUUUGGGUCGUAAUAAGCAGCCACCUACGCCCACAUUUGCCGUACCCCGCCCACCGAAGCGUUCUACCCAGGGAAGGCGAAUACUGGACUCCAUUCCUGUGAACCCGGCGGACGUGCCUCUACCACCAGUCGACUUGGAAGAAGUGGAAGCACUACAUGAACCAGUCGGUAGUGAAGAUCUAAUGAUCCCUGAAAGCGAGAAUGAGGAUGGUCCGGAAGAGCAGGAGAAUUUGGGAUCUGGCAAGGACAAGAGAGUGGCAAGGAGAAUGGAUUUGUCUAGAUUUCGCUUUGCUUAAGACACAAGGCCACCCACCUUGAUGUAGUGUAGGGAGGCAAAAUGAGGCUUAAAAGGGACAUUGCAUUUUAUAUACCAGGCCCAAAAGGGAAAAGGGGUUUAUACCAGCAUAGCGCCGGAGUUUUGAGCGAACAUCAUUUAUGAAGCAUUGGCGUUUUAGGGGGCAAUAUUUGAUUGAUCAAAAGGAGUCAGAUACCUAGUCAUGCACGGCAGCCCGGGAAAAGGAAGUCGGAGGUGUAAAUGGAUUAUUAAUACAGCCUCAGAACCGGAUGUCGGUAUACAUGUGUUGUUGUUCACAUAAUGCGCAUGUAUUUGAGCGGUUGAAUUAUUCUACGUGAAGUGUUUAUGUAUGUGAUAAGAAUAGGAUAUGAAUAAAUAUUCAGGGUCGUAAAAUAGGGGUAGAUCGUCAGUUUGACCUUGUUGGCGCUGUUCGUGGCGUUGUAGGAUAAGUGGAUUAGGAUGUCGCCUUGCUGUACUGUCAAU